CCAUAUGGCGGCCCGGAAGAAAGCAGGAGGUCCCUCCUCACCUUUCCUAGCAGGAGGUCCCCCACCUCACCUCUCCUCUCCUCAUGGCGCCCGCCGCCGCCUCCGCCACCAGGACAGAGUCGGAGAGCAAGACGCGGCAAGAUGCACAAGACAAGCGGUGGCUUCAAACCCUCUCCGAGCCCGAGCUCGGUUUGUUGAUCGGCCUCAAGGAGGUUGCCAUGACCCGGGCCUCCAACGCCGGCCAUCCUGACCUCGCCGACAGAGUCUUCCAUGUCCGCGCGCUGCGGGCUCUUGUGUUCGUUUUGCUGGAAGAGUUGAAAGAGCGACUAAGACAAGCCUCGGUUAAUACGAGCAUCUUGGAGACGCUUGCCUUGCUAAAUGGCCAUGAUCAUGAGGAGGUGGUCAGGCCCAGCCAAGAUGUGAUGCCAAUGCCAAAUGGUAUCAAAAAGAAACGGAAGCAGAUGCAGGAUGGGUGCGAUGGAGAGGAUGCCCAGAGUCCAAAGAGACGAAAAGCAACAGGAGUGCCAAAACCACAAGGGCGUGUUAAAUCUGACUAAGUAGAAGCGGACUCCAACUGAACCCGCCGCUGUUGGAAUGGAAAUGGCUCUGUCGUCAGUCUAGCCUGAGCAAGUAGCUGCAAACUACAGUGCCUGAUGGAUGUUAUUCUGACAUGUAAACCAGCCCUCCAUUCUCACUGCAGCAGUUUUACACGAAUUGGCAGCCAGACAGUUCAUAGAGCUGAUUGUUAGUUCGAUUGAUUAAUGAUGGCAAUGAUACACAGUUGGUACUUGACAGGGCUGCUCCUUUGUGCACUUUUGCUGAAAGAUGAGGACUGCAAUUGUAAUUGCAACCUCAGUGGCUCAGCCCUCACUUUCGAUCCUUGUAUAUCAUACAUGUCUAGUACUGAUUCAAUCAAUCUCAGUCGCUUGUCCA